AGCUUCCCUCGAAAUCCUAGAAAACCAGAGCGAGGAGGAAGAAGAUGCAGAGAAUUGAGCUUGAAGAGGCAUUAAUGGAGGAGAGGGAGGAGGAGGAGAAGAAGCCGCACCUCAUGAACCUCCCCAGCUUCGGAGUCGCACCCGGCGAUCGCCUCUCCGCCUCCGCCGUAGAUCGUGAAGUGGACGGAGAUGAUGAUGAUGAUGAUGAUUUCGAGUUCGCGGUCGCCACGGCGGCGCCGGAUCCGGGGCCGGGGAUCACCGCCGACGAGCUCUUCUCCGGCGGCCGGAUCCUCCCCUCCUACCCCCUCUUCAACUUAGACCUCCUCCCCCCCGCUGCCGAUCCCCCGCCGCCUCCGCCGAGCUCCGCCGCGGCGGCGGCGAGAUCGGGGUCGCUCUCCUCGUCGUCGUCGUCGGAGGCGGAGGAUGGGGGGUUCUGCGCGUGGGCGCCGAGAUCGGCGCCGCAGUCGCCGGAGCGGUGGGCGAAGAAGAGCGCGUCGACGGGGUCGUCGUCGUCGUCCCCAGCGCGGCGGUGGCGGAUCCGCGACCUCGUCGUGGGGCGGAGCAGCAGCGACGGUAAGGACAAGUUCCUCUUCCUAUCCUCCCCCCCGAACCCCAACCCAUCCCCCAACCCAUCCCCAAACCCUAACCCUAACCCUAAGAAGAAGGGGACGAAGGUGGUGAAGGAGAUGGACAUGGUCACCGCCCACAAACUAUACUACGCGAAGGGCGGGGGCGGAGGCGGAGACCGCGGGAGGCGCUCCUUCUUGCCGUAUCGCCAAGAGCUCUUCGGCUUCUUCGCCGCACGAACCCACCACCACCCGUUUUAAAUUUAAAUUUUGAAUUUUGAAUUUCAAAAUUUGAAUUUGAAAUAUAUAGUUGGGAGGAUUUGGUGUAAUUGAAAUGUUGUAAAUUUUGUUGUUGUUGUUGUUGUUUUUUAAUUUAUUAUUAUUAUUAUUAUUAUUAUUUUAUUUUUUAGAUUAUGUAAUAAUAAAUUUUUUUUUUGUUGUAAAUAAAAAAUAAGUAGAGACUGCUACAGGUGGGAGAGAGAAUGGAUGUAUUUUAUUUUAUUUUAUUUUUUGAAUUUUGGGCGUUUUGAUUUUUUCACUCGGAAUAACAAAAUGCCUUUAUUUGCUGCUUUAAAAUUUGUGCACAGCAUUUAUAUUAUUAUUCUCUUCAUAUAAAUGAUUCUGCACGAUGCUCUAAA